AUGGGCCUCGUCCUCUUCAUCGCCAACAAGCGCUACUCUUCGUGGUCCAUGAGACCCUGGGUGCUCCUCAAAGCCCUCGACGUCCCCUUCGAGGAGCGCCUGCAGACCUUCGCCCCCGGCCACCGCCAGCCCGCGUUCCUGUCCUUCUCGCCCACCGGCAAAGUCCCGACCCUGGUCGACGGCGACGUCACCGUCUGGGACUCCCUCGCCAUCGUGGAGUACAUCGCCGAGGCCCACCCGGCCGCCUGGCCACGGGACAGGGCCGCCCGCGCAUUCGCCCGCUGCGCCGCCGCCGAGAUGCACUCGGGCUUCGAGGCCAUCCGCGACCAGUGCUCCAUGAACGUUGCGCUGCGCAUCGACCUCGGCGGGCCGCCCGACGCGGCGCUGCAGCGCGACCUCGACCGCCUCGACCGGCUGUGGACGGACGGCCUCGGGCGGUUCGGCGGGCCGUUCCUCGCCGGCGGGGAGUUCACCGCCGCCGACGCCUUCUUCGCGCCCGUCGCCACGCGCGUGCGGACCUUCGGACUGCGGCUCUCGGAGCCCGCCAUGGCGUACGUGGAGACGCUGCUGGGGCACCCUGCCGUCAAGCAGUGGGUCGAGGAGGGCAUUGCCGAGACGAUGCGGGAGCCGACACACGAGGAGGACGCGCUGAGGGGACGCAAGGUCCUGCAGGACUUGACCCAAUCCCGGUGA